CUGACAAGCCAAAGUCUACAACUAAAACUAUGUAGACACGGUUUGACGGUUCUUUCUUUUGCCUACCAUCCCAUUUCUCCGCUUCUUCUCUAUUUUCAGAGUUUCCACCUUCCUUCAUUCUACAUUUUGCUAAAAGGGUUGGUUUUUUAUUUGGCUGCCACUCAAACAGGUUAUGCUGAAAACUCGUGGUUGUGCACUUGCUCCUUCCUCAACCUAGUGCCAUUGCUAUCUUCUUCAUAACUCUUUGUUGUAUUGGUAUCUCUCACUAUUGAUACUAAUGAGGAUGUCACUCUUUUCAUUGCUUUUCUUGAAUUCUUUUGUAUCGGUUAUGCUUAUUGUCGAUGUUGUCUUGGUUUCGGCUCAAUGUCAAAGUGAUCAGAGUCAGUUGUUGCUUCAGCUUGAAAGCAGCUUCAGCUACAAUCAAACUUCAUCAGGAAAGCUGGUGCCAGUGAAAUGGAAUCAAAGCACAGAUUGUUGUUCCUGGGAUGGUGUAAGAUGCGAUGGAGAUGGCCAUGUUAUCAGUCUUGACUUGAACAGCAGAUCAAUUUCAAGUUCAAUUGACAAUUCAAGUAGUCUUUUCCGUCUUCAACAUCUUCAGCGGCUCAAUUUAGCUUAUAACAAAUUCAAGCCAGUUUUUCCUACUGUGUUUGAUAAGUUGGAGAAUUUGAGUUAUCUUAACUUGUCCAAUGCUGGCUUUAAAGGGCAAAUUCCAAUAGAGAUAUCACGCUUGACAAGGUUGGUCACUCUUGAUUUAUCUGUAUCUUCACUUCUUGGAAGAUCAUUGAAACUUGAGAAGCCAAACCUAGAGAUGCUUGUUCAAAACCUCACGAGGCUGAGAUUUCUCUAUCUUGAUGGAGUAAAUAUAUCAGCUACGGGGAAUGAGUGGUGCAAGGCUUUAUUGCCGCUGACUGAGUUGCAAGAAUUGAGCAUGUCCAACUGUUAUCUUUCAGGACCUAUAGAUUCUUCACUUUCCAAUCUCCGAUCUCUCUCGGUAGUUCGCUUGGACAAUAACAAUUUGUCGGCUUCAGUUCCACAAUUCUUUACAGACUUUGAAAAUUUGACUUCCCUUCGUCUUAGUGCCACUGGGUUGAAUGGAAGACUGCCAGAACAAAUUUUCCAGGUAUCUACAUUGCAAAUUCUUGAUUUGUCAACCAACAAAUUACUCGAAGGUUCAUUUCCAAUUUUUCCUCUCAAAGCUUCUCUUCGAACUCUCGCACUUAGUGGCACAAAUUUCGGGGGGCAAGUGCCAGAAUCUAUAGGUAAUCUUGAGCAAUUGACAAGAAUAGAGCUUGCGAGUUGCAAUUUCAGUGGAGCCAUACCCAAAACAAUGAAGAAACUUACCCAACUUGUGUAUCUGGAUUUUUCCUUUAACCGUUUUUCUGGUCCAAUACCAUCAUUCUCAUCAUCCAAAAAUCUUACACAACUAAACCUUGCUCAUAAUCAGUUAAAUGACAAGAUUGAUUCCACCAACUGGUCCGGCCUUUCUAAACUAGUAAGUGUUGACUUACAAAACAACAAGUUAAGUGGAACUAUUCCUCCAACUUUGUUUUGCAUUCCAUCACUGCGUAGACUUUUCCUUUCUCAAAACCAAUUCAAGGGUAACCUUAGUGACCUUCAGGGUAGGGCCUCUUCAUUGCUUGACACCUUUGAUCUUAGUAGCAACAAGUUACAAGGGCAAUUCCCAAUGUCUGUGUUUGAACUCCGUGGUCUGAAGUUCCUAUCACUUUCUUCAAACAACUUCAGUGGUUUGAUUCCGAUGAGGGCCCUUCAGAACCUGAAGAAUCUUUCCUCUCUUGAUCUUUCAUAUAACAGUUUGUCUAUUGAUGCCACUGAUACUAAUGUUUCCUCACUUUCUUUCCCUAACAUCACCACAUUGAAGUUGACAUCUUGCAACUUAACGGAGUUCCCUAAUUUCUUGACAUAUCAGUCUAGAUUAUCCUAUCUAGACCUUUCAAACAACCAGAUUCAAGGGAAAAUACCGAAUUGGAUUUGGAAAGUGAGAAGCCUUAGAUACCUAAAUCUUUCUCAAAACUUCCUUGUAAAAUUUGAAAGAUCUUUGGAGAAUAUAAAUUCUAGUCUCAACGUUUUGGACCUGCAUGGCAAUCAAUUGCAAGGGCAAAUCCAAAUUCUUCCACCAUGUGCCACUUAUUUGGAUUACUCAAACAACAAAUUCAGCUCUGUUUUACCAGCUCAGAUCGGUGACUUCCUCCAGUUUGCUUAUUUCUUCUCUGUCUCAGGCAAUAACUUCAAUGGGAGUAUUCCCAAGUCAAUAUGCAGUAGCUUAUAUCUCAGAGUACUUGAUAUGUCUGAUAAUUACUUGAGUGGCCCAAUUCCUAAAUGCCUAAUUCAAAUGAGUGCAUCUCUUGGAGUACUGAAUCUAAGGCAAAACAAUCUCAGCGGCAUAAUUUCUGACACUUUUCCAAAAAACUGUAGUUUACAAACUCUAGAUAUCAAUCAAAACCAAGUGGAGGGAGAGGUUCCACAAUCAUUGGGGAAUUGCAAAAGGCUGGAGGUUGUAGACAUUGGCAACAAUCAGAUCAGUGGCAGCUUCCCAUGCCAUUUGAAGAAUAUAUCCAAGUUGCGUGUCCUUGUUUUACGAUCUAACAAAUUCAACGGCAGUAUUCAUUGUCACAAGAACAAUACCGGCUGGCCAACUCUUCAGAUUGUUGACUUAGCAUCCAAUAAUUUUAGUGGUAAACUGCAUCAAACAUGUUUGGAGACCUGGAAGGGUAUGCAGGUUGUUGAGAAUGAAGCCCCGUCAAAGGUCAAACAUCUUCAGUUUCAAUUUCUGCAAUUCAAUCCAAAUCACUAUCAAGAUGAAAUAACAGUUACCAUCAAAGGUUUAGAAUGGGAGCUGGUGAAGAUCCUAACUGUGUUCACUACCAUUGACAUUUCUUGUAACAACUUUGAAGGGCCAAUACCAGAAGUCAUUGGAACAUUCAAAGAACUCUAUGGCCUUAACUUUUCACAUAAUGCUUUCACAGGGCCAAUGCCAUCAUUUCUAGGGAACCUGCGACAGCUUGAGUCCUUGGACCUCUCAAGUAAUUACUUAAGUGGUGGGAUCCCAUUGCAGCUUGUAAACCUCAAUUUCCUUUCAUCUCUUAACGUCUCGAACAAUAAGCUAGUUGGACAGAUCCCGACUGGCACCCAGCUUCAAUCGUUUUCAAAAGCUUCAUUUGAGAACAACCCUGGAUUGUGUGGGCCUCCUCUAACUGUAAAGUGUGCAAAUGUAUUUCGACCUACAACACAUACAGUGCCGGAAUUACGAUCAGUGGAUGGAUUAGAUUGGCUAUUCAUAUUCAUUGGGGUGGGAUUUGGUGUAGGAGCAGCAGCAUUUGUUGUACCCUUACUACUUUGGAAGACAGCAAGCCACGGCUUCAACACAAGUAAAUGGGUUGAUGACAACGUUGAUAAAAUCCUUGAGAUCAUCCUUCCAAAGGUGGGUCUCACUUACACACGUCCUAGUGACUUGCAGGUUGAGGCAAAUGAAAAUUCUGAAGAAGACAAGACAGAAACAGAUGACGAUGAUGAAGAAGACGAAGACGAAGAAAGCAAGGAAACCACGGAAGAAUUUCGCGGGAGAUACUGUGUGUUUUGCUCCAAACUUGACAAUAACACCAUGAAGAAGGUAAUUCAUGACCUAUGUUGUACCUGCUAUGAUUCACCAUAUCUAUCGCCUUCUACUUCCACUUCUUCUUCAUUUUCUCCUUAGAUCCUUCAUUUUUUUUGUGCAUAGAUAAAGAAGGAAUCCACCAUGGAAAGGGGUGAUGAAAAAUGAACAUUUAAAUUCGGAUCCUCAGUAAAUAAUUGAAAGCAAUUUUCAACUCUUAAUAUACUCAGUCAGAGGUCCUACUCUGCCCGCUGCUCAACUUCCCUGUAAGCAAAUGCAAACUAUGAAUAAUUUUCAUUCAGGAAUUACAUCGAACAUGUAAAGGCUCAUAAAAAACAAGCUCUAGAAUUAAUGCACAAUAGAUAUCAGAAUUUUCGAAACCAAUACGUGAGGAUAUUAGAGAAGACUUUUAAAUGUAUCCCUGCUUGUCCUCGUUCGUUGCCUCCCUUUACCUGUUCCCCCCUAAAAAUCGUUAAUUUGUUUCCUUAAUCGGCAGCCAUGGCAACGUUGCUUUUGGUUUGAGCCUUUUCUUUGUUCUAAUGCUCACCGAUGGAGCCAUUUGUUUGAUAACCCAUAGCAGUUAAUGAACUACGCCUAACGUCACUAAGCUUUUAGUAAUUUUAUGUUUUGGUCAUUUAAUUUCAAAAAAUUACAAAAUGAUCACUAAACUAUUAGAAAUUUUCAUUUAAGUCAUGGCCCACUAGCUCCCGGUAGAGUAUGAGAGACAAAACCUUGAAAUAGGGACAAUGCAUUCGAUUGUUGGGGUCCGGUCAAUUGCCCAAUGAACGAAACAUUUUCUUAAAAGAGCUGAUUGACCCUCGACAAGGGUCAUUUCAAAUUACUUGUUUGAGUCAUUUAUGGUUCGAAUCAUUUUAAGUUUAAAGUCAAUUUUAUGUUUUGGUUCAUUUAAAAUCAAAACAAUUUAGAUUCGGAUUAUUAAUUUUUUAUGAUGAAUUUGAGUACAAAUUAAUGGAAUUGAAUUUUGUUUAAAUAAGAGUUGAUAACUCGUCAUAAAUAUUUAUCUGGACCUACUUUAUUA